AUGGCGACUGGACUUUGGCCCAGGGUCUUCGGACCCGGCUUCCGCUAUUCUCACAAGCUUUGGGUCUUCCCCCUCGUAGCAGGCAUUUCCUGGUUCUCCACGCUCACCAUCCUCCUCGUCCGAUGGCUGGCACUCGGCCAGCCCAGAUAUCCCGGCCAAAUCAACCCAGAUAUCCCGUUCAUCAGUGACAUCGCGGCCUUCAACUUCCAGCCAGUGUUUAUUGUGGGCUGUGCCGUCACCGGCGUCGCCUUCGCCGGCACCGUCUUUGCCGUGCACCAUGUGCGGUACUCGCCCAAAUUCUAUGGGCUGACCGACGACGCCGAGUGGAGGCAGACCACGAGCUUCGUGGCCUUGUUCAUGGGCCUCUUGGCGUCUGUGUGCCUCGUGUGUCUCAGCAUCUUUGAUACGUUUGAGAACAACGAUGAGCACCGCUUCAUUCUCAUGUGCACGUUCGCCGGGCUUGGGCUGGCUGCGAUACUGACGGCUAUCGUGUGGUGGGACCAAGCCUGGGCAGCCACGGCGCAAUUUCCUGGCUUGCGAAAAUGGUGUAUUGUCAAUACGUUCCUGAUGGUAAUCCAGACAGCUCUUGGGUUCUCAUUCACCGUCUUCUUCUGGAUGGGACGGUACAGAGCCGCCGGGUUCCUGGAGUGGUCUCUGUGUUAUGUUGGCUCCAUUUGGCUCGUUUCCUUUGUCGGAUAUAUUUAG